GCUGUCCUUUGCUUAUUUGUUUGAUAGCAGAGAAAGACACAAUCAAAAGACAACACGAAAAACAUCAUUUUAAGAAACACAUUCUUGUACCUAUGCUUCCUCCGAAACAGUAAUCCAACAAAUCAUAACUCAAUUCAAAUCUCACAUCUUAAUCGAUUAACAUUCAACACUGUUCUGAUUCUGAAUCUUUGUACUGUGUGAAGUAAUUUUGCUUCUUCCAUGGCUCUUCACUGUGGUGGUUCUUUCACCUUCACGAGUGUGGUUACUAACCCUCCAGGUUCUGUAAAAUUCAGCCAACCCAUUGUUAAAGCUUCGGUUUUUCCUUCAACUCAUUCUCCUCCUAAUGUUCGGUUGAAUUUUAAAGGAAAGACAAAGGCAAUACCUGAAAAUGGGAGCCCUGAAACAAAGGAAUCGCCUCUGGUUGUUUGUUUCGGAGAAAUGCUCAUUGAUUUUGUCCCAACUGUUAGUGGCCUUUCUUUGGCUGACGCACCAGCAUUUAAAAAGGCUCCAGGUGGUGCUCCUGCUAAUGUUGCUGUAGGCAUAUCCCGAUUAGGAGGUUCAUCGGCUUUUAUUGGAAAGGUUGGUGAGGAUGAAUUCGGAUAUAUGCUUGCAGAUAUACUCAAGGAAAAUAAUGUAAACAGCCAAGGGAUGCGUUUUGACCCUGGUGCACGUACCGCCUUAGCAUUUGUUACCCUAAGGAGUGAUGGAGAACGAGAGUUCAUGUUUUAUCGUAACCCCAGUGCUGAUAUGCUUCUCCAAGAAGAUGAACUAGACUUGGACUUAAUCACAAAGGCCAAGAUCUUUCAUUAUGGUUCAAUAAGUCUUAUAACAGAACCAUGCAAAUCGGCACACAUAGCUGCAGCAAAGGCUGCAAAAGAAGCUGGUGUAUUUCUGUCUUAUGACCCUAACCUGAGGCUUCCUUUAUGGCCUUCUGCAGAUAGUGCUAGAGAAGGAAUUCUGAGUAUAUGGGAGACUGCAGAUAUCAUCAAGAUUAGUGAAGAAGAGAUUUCUUUUCUUACAAAUGGUGAAGACCCAUACGAUGAUGCUGUUGUUCGAAAACUUUUCCAUCCAAACCUCAAGCUACUCCUUGUUACUGAAGGUGCAGAAGGCUGCAGGUAUUACACCAAGGAAUUCAGUGGUAGAGUGACGGGAAUGAAGGUGGAUGCAGUUGACACCACCGGUGCUGGUGACGCUUUUGUGGCUGGAAUACUAUCACAAUUAGCUACAGAUCUUUCAUUACUUCAGAAAGAGGAACAAUUGAGAGAAUCUCUCAGGUUUGCCAAUGCUUGUGGUGCAUUGACUGUGACUGAGAGAGGUGCAAUACCAGCAUUGCCCACAAAGGAAACUGUUCUGAAUGCCCUGCUUAAACCUGUAUCAUAAUUUCACAUUCUGAGUAUUAUUUUUUGGCGAAUUUUAGGAACUUAUUGAGCUAAUGCAGUAAAUAAGAACCAACUGUUCUAAUAAUGGAGGGUCGUUCUUUAUCCAACAUCAGGUUAUAUAUAUUUCGACAAUAUAUAAUUUUCAGUUCAUGUGGUUGCAUAUGGAACUUUGAGAAA